AUGGAUUUGCAAGGUUCUGUAGCUGGUCAGCUCACAGGAUUGCAACCGACCGCUACUACGAAAGAAGUGUGCUCGAAAUGCGACCAUGGUGAAGCUGUUGCUUCUCACAGCGCGGCACUGCCACAGCUCAUCAAACUGAUUCAAAAUUGCGCCACAGAGCCACACCAUAGCAAUACUGUUAAAUUAUCCGGAAUCGAUCUUCCAGGUGCAAAUUUUCCAUCUGUUUUGCCCAUUCAGACGAAUUCAAGAUCUGUUCUACACCCACCACAAAAUUCAGACGAUGAUGAUUGCAGACUGGGUGUAUUUUCCUCGCAAAAAUCAGCCGAUGAUCAGUUCAGAUCAGACCCAUUUUCCUUACAAAACAUUUCCGAAGGUAAGUAUGAAAUGGGGAAAAGCGCACAGCAAAGCCUUGACAAAGACGAAACUGCAUCAAACUUGCUUCUCGGAGGUCCAUCUGGCUGUGAUUUUCGGUCAGAGCUACCUGGAGACGAAAUACCAGAAAAACUCAAGCACAUGAUUCCGACUUCUCCGGAUUUGAAAAGUGUGGAAAUUUGGAGAUUUGGCCUAGCUGGAUCACAAUGGUUUCAGACUCAGAAUUCAACAGCCUCUCAACUAGUUUCUCCUACGACCGUGUUUUCAAGCAAGUUUGCCGCGAUUGCUUCUCAGUUUCGAGAUAGAAUCGGCGAUCCAGAAUCGGUGCCAACAAGCAGCAAAGCAACUCGUCGUAGAGGGCUCAUUUGUGGAGUCUGCAGCCAGAAAUUCAAAUUCAAACUUCUUCACUACUUCAAAAAGCAUCUUGACAGUCACAACAAAAGAGGAGAACAUCGUUGUAAUUGGCUUCAUUGUGGUGUUACAGUGAUUAGUCGCCAUAUACUUGCA